ACAAGAGUGGAAAUAACACAAAGUACUCAAAAUAAGUAGGGUCCAAUACUGAAUGUGUUUGGAUGAGUUUCUGAAUCUCUAGAAUGUUGUUCCUGGGCUAUGCAGCUCUGCUCUUGUGUUGGAUGUGUUGUACUGCACAAAGAGCUUGUGAAGAACCUCCUCCCAGGAGGGUUAAGGAAGUGCCUACUAAAGUAUGGGACAAACCUCCCUAUCCACAUGGUACUCAAGCAACAUACGGUUGUCGGCCUGGAUAUAUAAAACCUGGACGAAUUAUGUUUAAGUGCGUUGAUGGGGCAUGGCAGCAGCAGCCCCCAGUGAUAGAAUGCAAAAAUAAACCCUGUGGGCAUCCUGGAGAUACUCAGUUUGGUUCCUUUGAACUUACUGCUGGAAGUGAAUUUGUAUUUGGUGCCAGAGUUGAGUACAGAUGUAAUGAUGGUUACCAGAUGCUCAGCCAAAGAAAUUACCGUGAAUGUCAGGCAGAUGGAUGGAGCAAUGAUAUCCCUCACUGUGAAGUGGUAAAGUGUUUACCUGUACAGGCACCAGAAAAUGGAAGAAUAAUUAUGGCUGGUGCAUUUGAGCUAGACCAAGAAUAUGCCUUUGGCCAAGUUGUAAAUUUUGAAUGUAAUGCAAAAUACAAGCUUGUUGGAGCUAAAGAAAUAAUUUGCUCAUCUAAUGGAAGAUGGAGUAAUGAUGUGCCUCAGUGCCAAGAUAUUAGCUGUGAUGUGCCAGAAAUUCCGAAUGGAUAUGUACAUUCCCCAAAGCAGUCUUACAAGGAAUCGGAAAUAUUGCGGUUUGCCUGUAACGAUGGAUACAACUUUGGUGACAGAUCAGAUGCACUAUGCACUGAAACAGGAUGGAAUCCACCUCCCUAUUGCACUGAAAUUGUAUGCUCCCCUCCAGUAGUUCGCCAUGGGAACUUUAGACCUGACAAAGGCAGCUACAAAGCAGGUGAUACAAUCACGAUACAGUGUGACCUUGGGUAUCAUUUUAAAGCAUUGACUGGCGGAAACACAGCUGAAUGUACCGGGAAUGGCUGGGUGCCUGAACCAGCUUGUGUCUCGAAGCCGUGUGACUACCCAGUUAUAGAAAACGGCAGGUUAAGUAACGCAUAUGAGAACCACAGAUACUAUUACUUUCCAAUGAGAUUUGGGCAGAGUGUUGACUACUACUGUUUCCAAGAUUAUUCAACCCUCACUGGAAAUACCUGGGGUCGAAGUUCAUGUUCUGAAAGGGGCUGGUCUCCAGCACCAAAAUGCCUGAAAAAAUGUUAUACCAGGCAGCUGAUAAAUGGUUAUUUCCCAAGACACCAGAUGGAUUUUUACAAAGAAGGUGAAACAGCUACAUAUGCCUGCAACAAUGAUUACCAUGCUGAGCAUAAAGAAGUCACAUGCACAAGGAGUGGCUGGUCCCCUCAUCCCAGAUGUAUCCGUGAAAAAAAAUGCCAGUAUAAGUAUUUUGAGAAUGGUUUUUUCACCUUGUCAAGAAGAGAGUUCCGUUUAAGGGAAGUGGCCCCGUAUAGAUGUCAUCCUGGCUUUGUAACUGCAGAAGGACAAGACGAAGGAGAGACACACUGCCAAGAAAAUGACUGGACUCCACCUCCAAAAUGCAUCAAAUUAUGUAAAGCACCAGAGGACAUUUUGAUUCACCAUACAAAUAAAACUGUGUUCAUGCCUGAAGAUACAAUUGAGUAUUCAUGUUUGGAAGGAUAUAAAACUGCAAAUAACAUGCCAACUGAUACCACAAGGUGUGGCAUAAAUGGUGAAUGGAGUCCAGCACCUGAGUGUCUCGUAAUAGAAUGUGCAAUGCUGACAUUGCCCAAUGGAGAUUUUUAUCCCAAGAAGGGUAAAUACCCCAAUGGAGAUGUUGUGAAAUUUACCUGUGCAAACCAAUUUGUAAGAGUGGGACCUGCCUCUGUUCAGUGCUACUCCUUCGGAUGGUUUCCAUCACCACCAGUGUGUAAAGUGAAGGCCAGAGGCUGUGGACCUCCCCCUGAAAUUACCAAUGGAAAUAUUGCUGGUGGCUCUGAGGAACAGUAUCAACAUGGGGACAGAAAGCAGUAUGAGUGUAACAUGGAAUUUAAAUUGGUUGGAUCAAAGGAAAUAGAAUGUGUUGAUGGACAGUGGUCACCUCCUCCUUCUUGCAUUGAAGACAAAAUGCCCUGUGAAUCACCUUCCUCUAUUCCGAACAUUGCUCUAUAUCAGGCAGACCAGACCCAGUUUUCACAUGGUGAUCAAGUAACCUGUGGAUGUAAACCAGGCUCUGGCAAUUCUAAGCAAAUGAAAAUAAAAUGUCUUAAUGGAGAAUGGAAGCCUUUACCUCUUUGUGCUGAUCCAUCUCCUCAGUGUGAACUUCCAGUGGGUGUUGAGUUUGUAAGCUCUGGUGGAUAUUCCAUGUCAAAAAGGAGGACUGGGUUUUAUAAAGUUAUACGUUACAGAUGUACAUCAACUGACAAAAAUAUUAAACAGGCAACUUGUGUGUCUGGAAAUUGGACACCAGAGAUUGAAUGUCCAGCUGAGGAGGGUGUGUGCCCACCUCCACCUCAGGUGUCUGGUGCUCAACAGACAACAGCUGGAAGAAAUUACAGGCAUGGGAGUAAAAUAGCUUUUUCAUGCGCCAAUGGUUUCCGGCUCAUCGGUGCAAAAGAAAUAACCUGCAUAGAAGGGAAAUGGCAAUCACCACCUCAGUGUGUGGAAAGACCAUGUUUGCCACCACAGCCUGUAGAAUGUGCUGAUGCUCCCAGGCUGGAAAAUCCAAACUUAAAAAUUGAAAUAGAAGGGAAAUCAAUUUAUCUGACCGGUGCUAAAUUUAAGUAUAUUUCUCGUUCUGGAUACAUGUUAAAUGGAACAACUGAGAUAACUUGUUCUAUGGGAGAAUGGACUUCAGCUCCUGCAUGCUUGGAAAUGUCAUGUGGAAGUAUUCCAAAAGUUGCCAAUGCUCAGUUUGAAGGCAGAACCAAGGAAACUUAUGAGCCUGGUGAAACAAUUCGCUACAAGUGUGAUGCAGGGUUCCUGAUUGUUGGUUCCCCUGAAAUUCAUUGCAAAGAAGGAAAUUGGACAGCACCGCCCUUUUGUGAAGAUGUUAGCUGUGGACCUGUACCUGAAAUCCCCAAUGGUCAUGUUGCAGGCACUCAACAGGAGAGGUAUCUGCCCAGUGCCAGAGUGCAUUAUCAAUGUGAAAGCAAUUUUCAAAUGAUAGGUGGAAAUUUCGUCACUUGUUUAAAUGGUGAAUGGUCACAAGCACCAGUGUGCAGAGAUGUGACAUGUGAACCUCCUCCAGAAAUUGCUGGUGGUAGAAUUAAUAUUAAAAAGACAAAGUAUCUCCCUGGGGAGACUGCUGACUAUGAGUGCUGGCAAGGUUUUAAGAUGACUGGGACUUCCACUGUAGUGUGCCAGAAUGGGACCUGGACAGAGCUGCCAAAGUGCAAAGGAAAAGGUGGGAAAUGUGGCCCACCUCCAGCUAUUGAAAACGGAGAGCUUCUUUCCUUCCCCAGGCCAGAAUAUCAACAAGGUACAACUCUGGAAUACAAAUGCCCAAGCUUCUAUGUCUUGAAAGGAUCGCAGUAUAUCACUUGUACUGAUGGGCAGUGGUCAAGCCCCCCUGUUUGCCUAGUGGCCUGUACAGCAUCAGAAGAAGAUAUGGACAGAAACAAUAUUGAGCCUAAAUGGUCCAGAGAAACCAAGCUGUAUUCCACAUCGGGUGACUAUAUUGAAUUUCGUUGUAAAGCAGGAUAUGUGAAAGAGCAAGAGCCUUCCCACUUCAGAGUCCAGUGUGUGGAGGGGGUGUUGGAUUACCCACGAUGCAGGCUGGGCAGGAACUGUACAGUGAGUACAAACCAUAUGGAAAGCAACAAUAUUCAACUACAGUCACACCAAUCAAGAACUUCCACCUAUCGCUCUGGGGAUUUUAUUUUCCUUGAAUGCAAAAGCGGGUACCGACAAGUUUCAAGAGCUGAGAAAUUUAGAGCACAGUGCCUGGAUGGAGUGAUUACAUAUCCUACAUGUCAACAAUCGUGGUUUGGAUAAAUGGAAAUGGCAUGAAGGAGACCAGCUGCAGAAAUAAGAGAGCCCUCAGCCAACCCAGUGAUUUGAGCUCAAUUUUUCCUGGUGUUUCCCAUUUUGCUGUGCUUUGUUUGCAGCUUAGACAAUGUUCUGCCUUGGAAUUUGUUAUAUUAUUUUUAUGAUUGGAUGAUUGUGUUUGUGUAUUAUCCACAUCCAAAAGGCUGUGCUUGCAUUGUAUCCAUUCUAUGCUGAUCUCACUGUUAUUUUUAUUAACAAUUGUGUCCUGAAAUAGGCUGGCUUUGGUGGCAUACUGAGACAAGAAUUAAAGCUUGUGAGUAAUUUGAUUCUCA